GCGGAGGAGGGAGGGGAAGGGCCGCACAAAUGUCAAACUACUUCACUUGACGCAAAAUGGAUUCCCUCGCUUUGAUUCAUUACAUGCACAGAGCUGAUAAUAUUUUUUAAUUAGCUGCGUUCCGUGGCGUUCCACGGCCCUCCUGACAUAACAAUGGACCCCAACAUUAAGGAGAUAAUAGAGGAAUUCAUGGAAAGUGCGUUGGCGCAAUGGGUUCAGCUGUUUGAGAAUAUGCUGGAGACUGAGGAUGGCGUCCCGCUCUACAAUCAGUACAUGGAGGUGAACUCAGUUUCCCAGAGCGCCAGAGAUCGCUACCUGAGGUUGACCAAUGGGAUUUUCCUCAACGAGGUCAUGCGGGUCAUAGACCCAAACCCCAAGGUGGAGCGGUUGUACAACAGCGAGAGAGAUGACCACAUGCUGAGAGUCCAGAACUUUUCUAUUUUAAAUCGACACCUCCGAGCCUUCUACCAGGAAGACCUGCAGCAGCUGAUUCUGAUGCCCCUCCCAAAUGUUGCCAUUCUGGGGCAGGACCCCUUAACAGAGGCCGCGGUGGAAGAGAUGAGACGGCUGCUGCUGCUCUUGCUCGGAUGCGCGGUGCAGUGCGAGAAGAAGGAAACGUUCAUUCAGCAGAUCCAGUCUCUGGAUAUUGAGACGCAGGCAGCCAUCGCCAGCUGUAUUCAGCAGGUGACUCAGGACCCUCGGAUGGUGCUGCCGCUUCAGUGGGCGGAGCUGGUGGAGGCCGAGGACGCAGACUUACAGCUGGUGUUCAGCUGCAUGGCCAAACAGGUCCAGAGCCUGCUAGCACAGAGGGACACACAUCUGGAGAGGAUAGCCGAGCUCUGCCGGGACCGGGAGGCCCAGUCUGACUCAACCACGGCGCCCCUGGGUGGCCGUAGCGAGGAGCCGCCCCAAGGUCUGGCGCUCCAGCUGGCAGACAGCAAGGCCAAACUCCGGCGACUUAAACAACAACUGGAAGACAAAGGUGAUCAGAUUUUGGAUUACAAGCAGGAGAUUGAAACCAUGGAGGAGCAGCUCAAGAAGCUUCAGAAAGAGAACCGUUCCCUGCAGGGUGAGGUGAGGGGCAUGCGCGCACUGCGAGAUGAGCUGGACUGUGCCAGAGAGCGAGCGGCGCGGUCCGAGCAGCUCCAGGCUGAGCUGCAGAGCUGCAAGCACAGGCUGCGCAGCCUGGAGCUCACACGCACCCAGCUGAAGGAGCAACAGCAGCUGUGUGCAGCUCUGCAAGAGACGAAAAGUCUUCUCGAAGGGCAGCUGGCGGACGCACGGGCGCGCUGCUCCUUGCUGCGAGAGCUGGAGAGGGACAAUCUUCUCCUGCGUCAGAAAAUCAUGCACGUGGAAGGGGAGCGGGACACGGAGAGGCAGCGAGUUGAUGAGCUGCUGGAGAUGAACAUGAACCUCGAGGCGGACCUGAAGCACAGCAGCAGCGGGGACAGCGUUCCCGCUCCAGUUGUCACACUUCACCAACGUUUCCUCCAAUCCGAACUGGAGUCUGACGAGGAGCUGAGCGAAUUGAUUGAUCAGAAGCCUUUGAGUGUGGAGGUCGGCGAGGCUUCGACGCUGAGGCUGCUGGGAGCCGAGCAGGAAAAUGCGGAGCUGAGGAGACGACUGGAGGAGCUGCAGGCCCAGCAGGAGGCUGAUUCUCCAGAUGCGAAGGAUGAUCUGACUUGUCUAGAGAUGGAGCACCAGAACACACUCAGGGAGUAUCAAAACUUGAAGAAUGAAAACGCCACUUUGAAGCAGAGCCUGGAGCAGCUGGUGGCCAAACUCAAACUCCUAGAAGACAAGAGGCAGGAGGAGGAAGACGUGAGGAAGCCAGACAAAGAGGAGGAGAAGGUGGCCAGAGGAGUCCAGGGCUCUGAGUCCUGCAGGGGAGAAGGUGAGGGAACGGUGAGAAUAAUAGAGGAGAGGGAGAAAAGAGGCGAAGUCACGCAUCGAGAGGCUGGAGUUGGCGAGGAAGUGCUUCACGUUCAAAAAGGUGAACCAUGUGACGAGAAGAUCCAGACUAAGAGGAGGGGAGAGGCAGAGGGAGGGCAGAAAGAAAGGGAGAAACUGGAGAAAGAGAGUGAGCUAGUGAAAGAGAAGAGCGGAGGAACAACAACAACAGAAAUCCAAAGGCAUCCCAUAGAAGAUGAUGCUGAGGCCACAGCUACUCACCUGGCUGUAUGUUCUCUGCCUGGACCCGAUGUGGAGCUUCUGACUAGCCGGCUCCAGGAGGCCCAGGAGGAGACCGACCGACAGGCCAUGGUGGCCCAGGACCUGCGCUCCAAGCUGGGAGAGCAGAGUAAGAAAACCUGGGAGGCUGAGCAGAGGCUGGUGGUCCUGGAGGCCGAGCUGCAGCGUCUGAAGAAAGCUGCUGAGAGCCUGGCAGAGGCUCGCAGGCAGAUAGAGGUUCUUCAGUCUGAGAGUCUGUCUAUGGAGGAGGAGCUGUGCCGCCUGAGGAGCCAGGCGGAGCUCCACAGGAUGCAGACCACGGUCAUCGCCACCCUGGAGGGGGAGCGGGCUGCGCUGGAGAGAGACAGGGACACGCUGCGUAGCACGGUGGACGCCCUGCGCACCGCCCAGCGCAAGGGCGACCAGUUGGAGCUGACCACCCAGACCCUCAGGGCAGAGCUGGAACGCCAGGGCCGCAGUCUGGAGACCUCGCGUCGUCGGGAGGAGGAACUGGAGGCGGAGCUCCGCGAAUCAACCUUGGAGGCUCAGUCUCUGGCCAGGGCACGGGACCAGGCGCUGCUGGAGGCUUCGAGGCUGGAGCAGGAGAAAGAGGUGUGUCAGUCGGAGCUGGACGGCCAGCGCAAAGAGGGGAGACAGAGAGAGAGGGAGGCCGCCAGACUGAGGCAGCAGCUGGAGAGCACGACCCUGGCCCUGGAGCACAGCAACCAGAGAGCCUGUGCUCUGGAUGCUGAGCACAGACGGGUCUGUCAGCAGCUGUCUGAGUCCAAGGAGCUCUGCACUCGACUGCAGGACCGGGAGAAGGAGCUCAGUACUCGAUUAAGCGUCAUGGAGAAGGGUAAACAGCAGCUGCAGGAGCAGUAUGGAGAAGUCCAAGCCAAGAUUAGCUCACUGACCCAGGAUCUGUCCAAUGAGCAGUCGCAUUCGCAGAAGCUGGCCACUGAAGUCGAACAUCUGAGCCAGGAACUACAAAGGGCCGAAGCUGAUCUGAAGGCGGCCGCGCAUUCCCUCAGCCAGUCCCAGGAGAGAGUGGAGUCGCUCUCGCAGAGCCUCAAGAAAAGCGAGUCUCUUCUCCAAGCGGAAAAGAGCAGAGGAAGUGCAGAGGUUAACGCUGUGUCGGGUUCACAGUCGCCACACGAGCAGGAGGCGUCACCUUCGGCCCAAACCCCCAAAUCUGUCAAAGAUGGCGACCUUUCCGUGGCCCGGGAUCUUCCUACGGGAGAGGUGGAGAGGCGGCUGAGCGAGAGGGUGACCGAGCUGGAAAAAGAGAAAGAAGUGGCGGUCGCACGACAAGAGGCUUUGCUGACGCGGCUGGCUCAGUCCCAGGAGGCGUGCGACCACCUCAAGGAGCAGCUGGAGGCGCUGCGUCGGAACUCCCUGAGCCUGCAGGACUCCUGCACCAGACUACAGGCCCUCAACACACAGCUACAGGUGGAGCAAGCGUCACUGAGCUCGCAGCAUGCGACGGUGGUGGCGCGCUGCAGCGAGAGCGAGGCCCGCCGCGCCGCGCUGGAGGCCGAGUCGAAGGUGUGGGCGCGGGAGCGGGACGAGUCGGUGGCCAGGAUGGAGGCUCUGAGGCGCGACCACGAGCGCAUGACGGCGCUGCAGCAGCGUCAAGAGGUGGAACUGGAGGAGCUGCUGGAGAAGCACUCCCAGCUAAGGAGCAGCAACCGCAACCUGGAGGCCCAGCACAGGGAGCUGGAGGGCAGGUACAAAGAGUUGUCGGACGGUAAAACCCAGCUGGAGGAGAGAGAGCGGGAGAUGAAGAUGGAGAGAGAGAAGAUGGAGGCCGAGGCCCAGAGGAGGCUGGAGAGGGAGCGAGAGAUGGAUCGGCUGAAAGACGACAAUGAGAGGCUGCAGGCCCAGCAGAAGGAGUGGCUGGCGUCGCAGGCGGAGCUGCUGGCUCAGGGCUCGGUGCUGAGGGCGGAGCUGAACGCGUCCCAGCUGGAGAAGACUCGGCUGGAGGGGGAGAUCAGCGCUCUGAGGGAAACCAACCAGAGUCUGGACCUCAGCAGCGCCCGGCUCACCAGCCAGUACCAGCUGCUCACCCAGCUGAAAGGGAACAUGGAGGAGGAGAACCGGCACCUGGUGGAGCAGAACCAGAGUCUGCUUAAGGAGAACCGAGCCUUACUGGAGCAGAGCCUGGAGCGCCGUGACCAGCACUAUUCACAGCAGAGGGAGUACCAGGAGAAGCUGAGCGAGCUCCGCCGGGAGAAGCAGAAAUUGGUGGAGAAGAUAAUGGAUCAGUAUAGAGUCCUUGAACCCAGCAUGCAGCCUCCAGCCAGCAAGGCCAAGAAAUCUAACUGGAUUGCAGACAGGAUGAAGAAGCUCAUCAAACCCCGCGGAGCAAGAGAGGGACGGGCUCUCUUCACAGCCGCGGGCAGCGUGGAAAACCUGGCCGACGGCGCCGAAUUUACAUCAGAGACACACACACCUCAGCCUGCUCCAGACCCCCGCAGCGCUCCGGUGUCUCCCUCUCCCUUGAGAAAAUCUCAUUCCCAGACAGAACAGGAUAUCUCGGCUCCCGGGACGCCAGCCAUGCGCACCGGUUCCGGGGGCCGUCGUAAGCUGGGGUCCCGUCACGGCUGGGGGCUGGGUCUGACCAGAGGAGGCUCUGGAGUUUCCCAGUCUUUUAGUCCCGGCGACCAGAAGACUCCACCCCGACUGCGGCUACGCUCCAGCCAGAACUCCUCUGUCCUCUGGGAGGGAGAGGGACGGGAGAAAAAUGCACCUCAGCAGGCAGAUGCGCCGUUGACCAGUCAGGAGAGCGUUGAGGAUGACGAAAGGAAAGACAAUCAGCACUCCAGUGACGACACCACGACUGCCCGAGAUGGAGCUACGGACUCACCCUAGUUCAACUAGUUCAAUUAAAAACAAAUGUUUUAUAAAUUAUGUGCUCGCAGCAAACUGUUUUGAUCAUGUAUGUCUGAAUAUUUUAUACCAAGAUCCUCCUAGUGUUUUUGAAUACAUGAAUAAAUUCUUCAAUCAGUGAA